AUGCCUCCAAGAUGGAUUCGUCUUCAACUGCCCAAUAAAGAUGUGCCUCCCUUGCUUUUCCAAUAUACAUGGACACAACAAGGCUAUGAGUUCUAUGUAACAGAUCUCACCUACAUCUGGUCUGAACGGCUGCCUAAGAAGCAAAUCAUCAAGCGAGCAGAAGAAGAUGUUACAACCAUCGACCCCGGUGAAGACCCAGAGCAACUCAAUGUGCUUCUGGAGAAAAUCGGGGAAGCUCUUCAAAAUGGAACAGAUAGCGUGACGCUAAGCAGCGGGACGCAAGCCGACUCACUCGAACCUUUGAAGUGGAAUUUGAUCUUGGCAAAAGAAGAGCCAUGCUACUUGACCAGUCAAAUGCUGCUUCCGCUUCUCAGGGAGGAGGCCAAUUGGGAAGUUCGUCAACGUUCCCUCCUGCAGCAGAUCAAACAGAAAGACUCUGUAAUCAGCAAGUUCUUGGACAAGAUUGAAACAAUCGGUGUCGAUCUUGGAUCUGUUUUCCCCAGCGCUGCAGGCUCUCGGGCGUCUCGUAAGGGCGUCACGCGAUCUGAGGCUGCCAGGUUUGUCAAAGGUCUAGAGCCAUUCGAGGAACAAAGCUGGCUUGCCGAAGCUGGGUCAUCUGAUGGGGCCGGAUUAGCCACCAAUCUACUCCAGGAACUCGCAGAUCCUGGUGAGUCUCACGACGACUCGGCGACCGACCGCCAGGGAUGGUGGUGUCAGCUUACCAGGUCCCCUGAGGCAACGCCGAUCCAUGACAAAAAGAAUGAGCAAAAAGCCCCACAGAAGCAAGUUGAUACUGAAGUGGAGUCCACAGCAAGCAGUGAUGAGGACAAUGGUGAUUUUCAGCGACAAGAAACACCUCCUCGCCUUAAGUCGCAACCAGCAAAAAGCAACCGCUCACCACCUGGACAAAAUUCUAGAAAGAAGAUUCCGUCACCAGCGCCAUUGCCAGUUGAACCAGAAGAUGAAUCCACUGCGUCAGAUUCCGACCCAGAGCCGGAACCGCGCCGCAGCCGUAUUCCAACUGUGUCUAAGUCGCCGGAACCCCCGGUUCCAAAGCCCCAGGAGGAGCCCAAGCGCAAGAAGGGUGGACUGGGUGUCAUCGGUGGUAAGAAAUAUCAAGCUGCAGAGCCAUCUGUUCCUCCACCGCAGCCUCGCGACUCCCCAGGGCUUCGAGACACCCGGGCAUCACCAGAGCAAAACAUAAGGAGCGAGGAUCCUCUCCCAGUGUCUUCAACAAUACCAUCGGCGACGACUACGGUCAAACGAACCGGAAAGCUUGGCAUGAUUGGUGGCAAAGCCAAAGCCAAAGCCAAAGACCCAGUUCCACAUGAGGCUUCUCCGCCAGUGCCUGAGACGCAGGUCCCAUCUCCCAGCCAAUCCUCUCCCAUCAAGCCGAAGGACAUACACGGAGCCACUGCAAAGGUAGUCCAGAAAGAAGAGACUCCAUUGCCGGAAUUUCCUCCUGCUGAAGCCCCUGCUUCUGUCCCGCCUGCAGAGCUUGAAACCGACGAGCAGCGUGCUGAUCGGAGGCGUGAGGAGCUGAAGCGGUCACUAGAGGCUAAGAGCAAGGUGCCUGCAAAGAAGAAGCGCAGAUUCUGA